GUCCUCUUCCCCUGCAACCCUGCACUGCAAGAAGCGAAAGCGAAAGAAAAAGUGAGAACUCAUCUCUUUCAGCUAAGCUCGCAAUGGAGCUCCCAUGGGGUGCCCUGCUGCUGGCGCUGCUCUCCGUCUCCGCCUCCUCCGCCGUCGCCACGCUCGCCGUCACCGCUCCCCCUCCGGCCCCUGCCCGUGCUCCUGCCCCCGUCACCGCCCCUGCCCCGGCCCAUGCAUCUCCUCAAGCUCAGGACGCUGAAGGUCUGCUGAUCAACGGCAACUUCGAGAAUGCGCCGAGGAAGGUGAACAAGACCCUUAUCGUGGGGCGGCACUCGCUGCCGGGGUGGACGCUGCGGGGCCACGUCGAGUACGUCUCGGCGGGGCCGCAGCCGGGCGGCAUGUUCUUCGCGGUGCCGCACGGCGUGCACGCGCUUCGCCUCGGCAGCCACGCGUCGGCGUCGCAGAACGUCUCCGUGCGCCCCGGCUCGCUCUACGCGCUCACCUUCGCCGCCACCCGCACCUGCGCGCAGGACGAGGCCCUGCGCAUAGCCGUGUCCCCCUCGCUCUCGGCCCCCGCCGACGUCGCCGUCCGCACCCUCUACAGCGCCGACACCGCCGACACCUGGGCCUGGGGCUUCCGCGCCUCCUCCCCCGUCGCGCAGGUCACCUUCAGCAACCCCGGCGUGCAGGAGGACGCCGCGUGCGGCCCGCUCAUCGACGCCGUCGCCAUCAAGGAGCUGCCCACGCCCUACCCCACCAAAGAUAACCUGAUCAAGAACGACGGGUUCGAGAUCGGGCCGCAGGUGUUCAAGAACUCUAGCGUGGGCGUGCUGCUGCCGCCCAAGCAGAAGGACGUGACGUCGCCGCUGCCGGGCUGGAUCAUCGAGUCGCUCAAGGCGGUGCGGUACAUCGACGCGGCCCACUUCUCGGUGCCGGCGGGGCAGUACGCGGUGGAGCUGGUGGCGGGGAGGGAGAGCGCCAUCGCGCAGGUCAUCCGCACCGUGCCCAACCGCGCCUACAACCUCUCCUACGUCGUCGGCGACGCCAAGAACGGCUGCCACGGCUCCAUGCUCGUGGAGGCCUUCGCCGCCAACGUCACGCAGAAGGUGCCGUUCGAGUCCACGGGCAAGGGCAGGUUCAAGGCGGCGAGCCUCAGGUUCGUGGCCGCCGGAGUCCGGACCAGGGUCACCUUCUACAGCUCCUACUACCACACAAAGGUCACCGACGGCGUCUCGCUCUGCGGCCCCGUGCUGGACCAGGUCAAGAUCCUGCCGCUCAAGCUCUAGUCAUCCAUCGGAAUAGACCAGAAGCUCAGAUCAGAUCAAUCCUGUCGCGUUGAUUCGGUAUCGUCGUCUCGUCUAUGUAGUACGUAGUCGGUACGUAAUUUGUGACAUCGCUGCUGGACCUCUCUCUAAUCGUGUACUAGCGUGGUGGAACUGGCGAUGACUUGCCUGUGCUGCGCCUGAACCUCAACUUGUCUUCAAUUUGUUUGGGAUUUGCGUAGGCUUUCUACUAGUAUUGAGAUGAUUUUGUAAUGACGACGCA